AUGAGCUCCAAACGGCGAUCGGCUGCUGCAGCUUCCCCAGAUGUCAGAUCCCGGGCCAAACGUCAAAAGUUCUCCGAGGACAACCUUGUGGAGAUGUCCAGUCGCGCAUCUUCCCACGUGGAUUCCGAUGAAGAUGAAGCCCCAGAAACCCAGGAGUCCGAAGUAGACUUCGAGGGCGACAGUUUACAAAGCGCGCAAGACAAGAUCAUGUCCGAGUUGACCAGGCUUCAGGACGAUGAUGGUCAAGAGGUAGCUUAUCCGUUCAUCGGGAAACCGGACCGAACCCUAUACCGAGACUAUUACGAGCUCAUUCAGCACCCCGUUUCGUUGCGGAGUAUCCAAAAGAAAGUCCGUGGCACCGAUAGCCGGAAGAACACGUCCAAGACAACUGCAUACCCCACGUGGCAAUCCUUUGAGGAAGAGGUCAGCUAUAUUUGGCGAAAUGCCAGGGAGUACAAUGAAGACGACAGUGAGAUCUCGGCUCUCGCGGGGAUCUUAGAGGUAAGUUUGUGCAUCGUCUUCGUGCUCCAUUGGUCUGCUGACGUGGAAUCUCAGAGUUACUUUGGGCAACGAGUUGCAGAAGCCAAGAAGCUUGUUCCAAAUCCCCAGACAGAUGACACUCUUGAGAUGCCUCGCAUUAAACUGAAGAUGAGCACAUCUGGGCCCCCAGUAGCGGGAGAGUCGACCGUGAGAAUGCCUGAGAGCUCUAAUACAAUAACGCAACCCAACGGCCAGUCAGCGAAUAUCAUGGCCAACCAAGAAUCCUCACGCCCACAUCAAGGGACAUCCAGUGGAUCAGCUGGGCAGAAUGUCAGUACGUCUCCUCGGACACGGUCUCUGAAGACUCUCGACAGCCCCGGGCCAAGCGUUGCGACCACAUCUACCUCCGAUCAACUAAAUCCCUCGGUGGGCGCACGCGGGCUAUCCGGCUUGGUAAAGAAUGAACCGCCCAUGUCGAUGUCUACAUCGCAGGCCCCUUCGCAUGCAAUUUUUGGCACCAUGGCGGACAAUGCCCACGACCUUUCUUCGCCCAAUAUAUCAUACCAACACACGGGACCAUCGCCGAUGGAUUCUGUCUUAAGGCGACCGGGUCAAGAUUCAAGCACGGCUCUGAUUCGUAAUGUUCGAAUUGCGACACAUGCUUCUUUAUCAUUGCAACCUGACUUCUGCCUGGACAUUCCACCCUCGUCGCUUGUGUCACAACAAACCAUUACAAUCCAUCUUCCCCCGUCCCAUAAUCUACUGACCCUCAAGCCUCGCUUGGCGGCCAGCACGAGCCAACGACAGGUGAAGAUAGUUGCUCUAACAGGUAUGCAGCGCCUUCACUCAUCUGGCGAUGCGACUGCACCCGCAUAUGAUAUACGACUGCACCCAGGCAUGACCAAGGUGGACUUGGAGGCCAUAGUGGGACCAGCCAAGGGCGUUCCCCGGACUGGCCCGCCCGGCGCUGAUGUAGAGUAUGAACGUGUCACAAUAUUCUUCAACCUCCUGCGCUGA